CAAUUCCGAUCAACUUUAGCCUGGAACACACGCUUGAGUCCACGGCGGGGGCCGCCAAUGUUUAUAUAAUGUUUUAUCUACCAAGAUCAUUCCAAGCUGUUGUUGCAGAAUCUCCAAUGUUCGCUACAACUGAUUAUGGCGGUAAAAUAUUGAUUUCUAAUUUUCAUCUUGGCACUGAUCCGCUUCUGUUUCAACUCCAGUUUGUUGUGACGUCAGACAAUAACAUAUUUCAGGAAAAGUCGUCUUUGAAAUCAUUCAUUUUUAUGAGUACUGUAUACAACCAAACGUACUUUGCUGGAAGUGACUUCGAGGAAGACCAUUUGUUUGAAACGCUUAACUUAAUAAGAAUUGAAGUUAUAAAUAACAGUUCUGACCCCUAUAUACCAGUGGGCUGGGACAAGGGCUGUACGUCACCCGUGGCACUUGGAAUGGAAAGCGGAUACAUUGAAGACUGUCAAAUAACAUCAUCAGAAGCUCCAGAUGAAGCUGCGCCUGCGCACAAUGCCCGGUUGAACAUGCCAAAUACAG